CCGCGAACUCUGGAUCUUGUUCGAUAACUAACUUUGCAGCAAACGAAGUCAGUCAGUCACAAUGCCUACCCGAUUGACAAAGACACGCAAACACCGCGGCCAUGUAAGCGCCGGUCACGGACGUGUUGGCAAGCACAGGAAGCAUCCCGGUGGUCGCGGUAUGGCUGGUGGACAACACCACCACCGAACCAACAUUGACAAAUACCACCCUGGUUACUUCGGAAAGGUCGGUAUGCGUUACUUCCACAAGAUGCAAAACGGAUUCUGGAAGCCAGUAAUCAACCUCGACAAGCUCUGGUCGCUCAUCCCCGCUGAGAAGCGCGAUGAGUACCUCGCCAACAAGGGCGGUAACGCUCCCGUUCUCAACCUCCUCGACUACGGCUACUCCAAGGUUCUCGGAAAGGGUCGUCUGCCUGCUGUCCCCAUCGUCGUCCGCGCUCGCUACGUUUCGGCCGAGGCAGAGAAGAAGAUCAAGGAAGCCGGUGGUGUCGUUCAGCUCGUCGCAUAAGCGGCAACAGGGAAUGCAUGAUGAGGCGUCUUGGAAUCAUAAAAGGAUGACAACGGCAAUGACUGGGAUAGGUCUUUGGGUCCGCAGUGCUCUCUACGGGCCUGCGCAGACCCGUGUUCAGCGUGGUGGCUGAGGGAUGUUUCAUAGCCAAUAUGACCAUUCCUGAAUCAACCUAGGAGAUCUCUGGUGG